AUGUCAGUCUCGUCAGUAAGACCAACACCGCUACCACUCAAGGAGACACUCGAGGCUCUUCCAGCUUUAUCUUCGACAUCAACCGAGCUUCGAUCACAGACACGCAACGUGAUCCAGGCGAGUUCGGAUAUCCCCAUCCUGGUUGCUCUGGAUGAUGACCCGACUGGCACUCAGACUUGUCAUGAAAUCCAAGUGCUCACGACGUGGGAUGUUCCUGUAUUGACUGCCGAGUUUGAAACCACAGCCCCUGGGAGCGGUUUCUUUAUUCUUACUAAUUCGCGCGCAUUGCAUCCCCCAGCUGCGCGGAAGCUUACCAUCGAGAUUUGUCAAAACUUGAAGGAAGCUGCUGCACUUGCAGGCAAAAGAUUUGAGGUCGUACUACGUGGUGACUCAACACUAAGAGGCCACUUCCCAAUCGAGCCCGAGGCAGUUGAGGAAGCCCUCGGAGCAAGUGACGCGUGGAUCCUUGCACCUUUCUUCCUUCAGGGUGGCCGAUACACGAUCGACGAUGUUCACUAUGUCGCUGAAGGCGAUGUGCUGGUUCCCGCUGCAGAGACGCCCUUCGCCAAAGAUGCAACAUUCGGGUUCAGGAGCAGCCAUAUGGCAGACUGGGUUGUCGAAAAGAGCAAAGGAGAAAUCCCCAGGGAUCGUGUGCGUGGGAUCGGUCUUGCACAAAUUCGACAGGGUGGGCCCGACGUGGUCAACGAGAUCUUGCAAGGUGCAUCGAAGGGAACAGUUUUCAUCGUCAAUGCAGCUAAAGAAGAAGAUAUGGACGUGGUUGUUCUUGGAAUCUUGAAGGCCUCUGCACAAGGCAAGAAGUUUCUCUUCCGCUCUGCUGCAGCUUUUGUCUCGGCUCGCCUCGGCAUUUCUCCCAUUCCUCCCAUUACCGCAAGACAACUUCGACUUAGCUCUGCCACUGGUGGCCUGAUCAUAGCAGGCUCAUACGUGCCAAAGACCACGAGUCAGCUGAAGGCUCUCGUUGAAGUAGCAGGAGAUAAGUUGACGAAGGUAGAGCUGAACGUCAACAAACUCCUAGAAAGCGAUACUUCCCGCGAACAAGAGCUUCACCAUGCUCUUGAGGUGGCAACUAGCGCGCUGCAGGAACCAAAAGACGUUUUGAUCAUGACCUCACGCGACCUGAUCGCCGGCGCUGACGAGCGCUCUUCGCUGGACAUUGGAUCUGUAGUGGCAGCCGCACUUGUUACGUUCCUUAAACGGUUAGAAGUCAAGCCACGAUAUCUAAUUGCGAAGGGUGGUAUCGCUAGCAGUGACAUGGCAACGAAAGGGCUCAGAAUGAAGAAGGCUACCAUUCUAGGACAGGCCGCACCUGGAGUACCCCUCUGGCGUUGCGAUGAGCUGACGAGCAAGUGGCCCGGUCUGCCUUAUGUUGUGUUUCCUGGCAAUGUUGGAAGAGAGUAUACACUGGCGGAGGUCGCAGAAAAAUGGAGACCCAUGAUACCAGUCAAUCGCUGCUAG